AUGACUCCCGCGGACAUUCCGAGUUUCUUGCCGCUUGCUGAUGCUGCCUCGUACCUCGGAGAAGCUGCCAAUCCUUUCAUGGGUGCAAUGUUUCUGGGCUCAAUGUUCCUGCACUUGGCUGAAGCUGGAGUAGCUUAUGUCAUGUCUCGCUCUUACGGACUGGACUACGAAACAUCCUUCGCCUGGAUGCUUCAGACCCUGGGUUACGGAAUGUUUUCACUGCAAUACCUGCUCUUCCCUGAUUCAAGGUACAUGCAACGAAUCGACGCCGAUAAUCUGGACCUGUCAUCCUACAACUUGAUCGACUACCUGGAAGGUUUUUAGGCUCUAAGAAAAUUUUCAAAGACAGAUUAUAAAAUAAAAUCAACAAAAAAACUGAAAAAACGGAAAACCCAGGAAAAAAUCCAGCAUAUCGCUGAUUUUUUUUUAUUCGUAGGCGUGUGUAUACUGUGAAAUGUGCAAGACGAAAAAAGAAAAUCCGUAGCCUCAAUCGUGUGGUAGACCGAAGAAAGGAAAAGAUGGACGCUUUUCUGUUUUUUUUUCUGCCACCUGUUACCAGUCUCGAUUUUCGCAGGUAUUUCAAUUUUUUGAAAGAAGCGUUAUUUAUUUGCGACGAAGUUUUAUUUAUCCUUACGACCGUAUGUGCGGAUCGGAAGGUGAUGCAAGUGUAAUAAUUUAUUUUCGCCGCGGAGAAGGUUUUUUUCCGCACGGUGAAAUGAACUGAGACCAACCUUGAUUAAAGAACUUUAUCGUUUUACAAACCAAA